AUAUAUCACGGCAUGCGGGUCAUCCGCACCGAUGCCAGCAGUGGGGGCAGUCCCAGCUCUUCUGCUCCGCUGCCACUUUCCUACGGGCCGGACACCGGACUACUCGACAGAGGCUACGCGGGCUCUUGCUCUGCCAUGCUAAAAGUGGCCCAAAUGUUAUUGUUGCUGAUUGGAUUCAUUUGUGUAAGAUCUUCACAGUGGACAGAUCACAAUGCAUACAGCUACUUUGAAAUUGUCUGCGUAUAUGACUUAAUUAUGAUCUUCAUCUUUUACAUUAUCUACAUCUUUAGAGCCUAUCGAAAGUUGACUUGCAUCAGGUGGCCACUUGCGGAGUUUCUUCAUUACCUAAUAGGUACUAUUCUGCUUCUUAUUGCAUCCAUUGUGGCAGUUGCAAAAAGCUCCAAUUCAGCAGGCCUGGUAGCUGGAGCGGUUUUUGGAUUCUUAGCUACAUUUAUGUGCUUCCUAAGUAUAUGGCUCUCUUACGAAGUCUCUUGUAACACUCAGUCAGCAGAUGCUACCAUGUGAGUCUUUUGCUACUUCAAAAUGUGCACACCUGUUGAGGGAAGAGCUUAGAAAAACAUGCAAGAUGGAAUGGUAUACUGAGAUACAGUGACUCUGAAAAGCAUUCUUACUAGGCAUAGAGUGCCAUCUUCUGGCACUUUUCAGCUACUCCUAGGGCUACUGUACAGUAGCCUGUUUCAUCUAGUCAAAUUUUUGGAUCCUGGAAGACAAGAAGGGCUGCAGUAAAAGAUCCUAUUGGAAGGAAAGGGUCUGUUUUUUAAACAAAAAGAAAUGACCCUUUUUUAAUUCCAGCUGCCAAUAUUUCACAGAUUGUAGACCAAUCUUUAUGACCUGAGGAGAAUUCAAAUUAAAAAAUCAAAAUGGAAAGUAUAUUCUGCAUCAACCCAGCUGUGACUGGCAAAGGUUGGAAACAUUCAUCAUGAACCAAUAACCGUUGCAUCUCAGAAAUUGUUUUCUUACCUCUCUGCAUUUCCUGCCUUUUGGUUCUAGCUCUUAAAAUGCACGUCUCAUUUAACCUGCUUGAAUAUGAGUUUGCUUUAAUAAGAUGGUUCCACCUCAACUUUUGGAUUGUGCGCCCCUUAAUUAGUAUGAAUUUCUUUUGUGGGGCAAAAUUUUAAAUGCUCUAGUUCAACCAUACAGUUUAAAUUUUUAUAUUCUUUUGAUUUCUUUGGUUAGUUUUUAUUUCUCUUGCCAUGUAUUUUUAUUAUAUUUUUAUAACUGUAUACCUAUCAAUAUAAGAUCCAUUAAGAAUGAAGAAUGUUUACUAAAAACUCACUGUAUUCUACUGUUCCUUUUUCAUGUUGUGAUACACUACAAUCAAUUUACACUUAUUACUAAUGUACAUGGAGAAUACAAUUCUCUGUAAGGAUCCACAGAAGCAGUAUCAAAUUAUCUACAACAGGAGAAGCAGAGGAAGAACCAAGAAUCAGGGAGGGUUCGAUAUAUAUACAAGGAAGGAGUGGUCAGAGGUGAUGCCAAGAAUUCAUCAGAGACAGCGCAUAUGAAAGGUUUUCAACUUUCUCUUCUGCUGUGCAUAGAGGGUCCAAGACUCACUGCAGUACAAGAGUGUGCUCAGGACACAGGCUCUAUAGACCUGGAUCUUUGCUGAUUGUUAGUUCCAAAGUCUUGGCAGGCCUUGCUAAAACUGUCCAUGAGUUGUUGAAGGUCUUCAGCAGAGUGAGCAGUGACGGCAGCAUCAUCAGCGAAGAGGAAAUCCUGUAAGCAGCCCUGCUGUGUCCUUGUGCCAACUUCGAAUAUCAAAGGAAUCUGAAGUUAAGCCAUCAAAAACUACAGUACCCUUCAUUUCCUCAUGAAAGGAAACACCUGAUGAUGUUGAGGAGCUGAGGUGGACAUUCAAUCUCGGGGAGAAUUUUAUAAAAGCCAUCCCUUCUAACCAAGUCAAAAGCCUUCGUAAGAUCUAUGAAGGUACGAAAAGUGGUUGUCUUUGUUCCCUGCAUUUCUCCUGCAACUGUCUAAGGGAAAAUACCAUGUCAGUAGUGCUGUUGGCUCGAAAUCCACACUGUGAUUCUGGAUAGACUCUCUCUGCAAGCACCUGGAGCCUCUUCAGUAUGACACGGGCAAGCAGCUUCCCUACAGCACUAAGAAGAGAGAUGCCACAGUAGUUGUUACGGUCACCCCUGUCACCAUUGUUCUUGUACAGUGUGAUUAUAUUUGCAUCCUUCAUGUCCUGUGGUACUCCACCUUCCCUCCAACAAAGACAGAAGAUUUCAUGCAAUUCAGUGGAGAUGUUCUCUUUGCAGCACUUCAGAACUUCGGCAGAAAUGUUAUCUUUCCUGGGUGCCUUGCCAGAGGGAAGGGAGUUCAGGGCCGCAUUUAGUUCUUCUAAAGUUGGUUCACUGUCAAGCUCCUCCAAGACAGGCAGGCAUUCAAUGUUAUUUAAUGCUUCUUGAGUUACCACAUUUUCUCUGGAAUAUAACUCACGAGUAGUGCUGCAUGCAGCGUGCCAUCUGCUGUGCUCGGUCCUGGAUAACCUCACCUGUAGCAGACUUCAGAGGGGCAGAUUUCUUCUAUGUUGGACCUAAGGCCUGCUUGAUGCCAUCAUACAUCCCCUUGAUGUUGCCAGUAUCAGCUGCUAUCUUGAUCCGAGAGCAAAGCUGCAGCCAAUAAUCGUUAGCACAUCUCCUGGUGGUCUGUUGGACUUUGCUACGAGCAGCUCACAGAACCUGGUUGCGCUCACUGGAACAGGCUUUAUAUGCAAUUAGAGCGCUCCUUUUUUUCUCGAUGGCUGGUGUCAACUCCUCCGAAUGGGCUUCAAACCAAUCUGCUGUCUUUCUGAACUCCUUACCAAAUACUGACAAGGCGGUGUUAUAAACAGCAUUCUUGAAAUAUUCCCAUCGUUCAGAUGCAUUUACUUCAGCUGGGCCUGGGAGAGUUUCCUUGAGUGCUUGUGCAAAUUCCUCCACUUUGCCCUGAUGCGGGUCUUGUUGAAGUCAAUUCAUGGUCUUCCUUCCUUCUUCGACUGAUACAAUCUCUUUGUUUGCAGUUUUAUUCUGCUGCACACCAAGGAGUGGUCUGUAUCACAAUCAGCACCCUGAUAGCUGCGUGUGAUUGUAAUAUUGGGGAGGUUGGAGCGCCUGGUAAGAAUCAAGUUGAGCUGGUGCCGAUGCUUCGAUCUUGGAUGUCUCCAAGAGACUCUGUGUUGAGGCUUUGUUUUAAAGUAUGUAUUGCUAACACAAAGACCAUAGUAGCAGCAAAACUCCAGUAGUCGUUGGCCAUUUUCAUUCAUCUUUCUGACGCCAAACUGACCUAAGUGCAAUCAAGAUAAUCAAAGGGUAAACAUGACCAUCUAAAGCCACAGACUGGGUGCACCAAACACCCAACAUAGAUCUAGAUCAGAGGUCCUCAAACUACGGCCUGUGGGCAGCAUACGGCCCAUCAAAGCCAUUAAUCCAGCCCACGUAGGACCAUGACGCUGGCCCACCCACAUUACCCCACCCAUCCACAGGCCCCCACCCUUCAGCCAAGUGCAGUACUUACUUUUGCAAGCCCCACAGGCUGGAACUGGAAGGUAAGGCCAACAUUUUUGGCCUGCAGAGGGCUACUGGAGGUGGGGGAAGUGGAAAAUGGGGCAUGCAGACACCCCAGGCGGCCAAAAUCAGACCUGUUUUAGCUUGUUUUUGGCCUGCAGAAUGCUUUUGGAGAUGGGAGGGGGAAAAAUGGGGCGUGCGGAUGCUCCAGGAGGCCAGAAAGUGUCCUCUUUUUGGCCUUUUCCGCCUUCAGUAUCACUCUGCAGGCAAAAAAUGGGGGGCACAGAGGCCUCCCGGGGUGUCCGCAUUCCCCAUUUUUGACCUCCCCCUCUCUCCAGAGAGAGAGAGAAAGAGAGAGAGCUAGAUAGAGACAGAGACAGACAGAGAGAGACACAGAGGGGGGGGAGGGAGGGAGAGGGGGGAGAGAGAGAGACUUGUUGAUUGUAAGCUCCUUGAAGCUGAGAAGAAUUGCUGCAAAACUGAGUUUCCUGAAGUGGACCACUAGACUCCUAAACAACUGAAAAAAUGAUCUAAUAAAAAGAAAAGUCAACCAAAAGAGCAACAUGUAAACAAAGAGCAAAUAAAACACCCCCAGGAGUAAAACAAAGUAUAAUUUAUGUGCAUUGUUUAGUGGACUGCUAAAUUGGCCAUGAGCACCUAGCCACAUGACCACCUAGCCAUAGCCAGCCAGCCAGUCCACACACCCCAAUAGUCUGAGGAACCAUGAAUUGGCCCCCUGUUUAAAAAGUUUGAGGACCCCUAAUCUAAACAGACUCAAGUUCAGUUCCCAGCUGAGUUAUGGACUGUGAGCCAGUAACCAUCGUUCUUUCUACAGUACUUAUCCCAUAGCUUUUUGGAUGAUGAAAGAAGGAAAAUAAUCUCAAUGUGGUACAGCUAAACCAAAUCAGGGGUGGGUUCUACUUACCUCCACUACCAGUUUGCAAUGGAAGUGCAUGCACGCAGAAGCUUCUGUGCAUGCACAGAUUGUUCAUGAUGACAUCUGAGUGGGUGGGCGGAGCCUCCCGCUGCCAUUACUACGGUUUGCAAGAACCGGACCAAACCGGGAUAAACCCAUCACUGAACCAAAUAUAUUUAAAAACAUUCCACCAAAUCAGCAGGAAUGCAUUGUGUAUGGUUUAAGUGAAUAUUGAUCAAUGACGAACAAAAACCUAUAAUUCUUGUUUUCCCAACUUUAAUAUUUUAAUAUGCUGUUGUGAUGUUACAGUUCGGCAGUUAUUGUUGUUAUUGCAUAUUUUUAAAAUCUUUAAUUCUAUCCUGCAAUGCAUUAUAGUUAUAAUAAAAAGUGGAUUAAAAUUAUAAAAAUACUGAAAGGCAGCUAAAAGCACAAGCAGAUAGAUAUAAUCCAUGCACGAAUUAGAAUGCUAAAGGAAUAGUUUUUAAAAACCUAUAAUAAAUUAUAAAACUAUUUUGCAAAGGGGUAAAAGAAGACAUAAUUAUAAAAUAAGGUGGAAGAAAAGGAUAUAAAUUUGAGUAAAAUUGUCAAAUUAUGUCCUUUGUUUUGAGUCAUAUUGCGUAACAAUAGUGUUGUUUUUCCAUCUGCUUGAAUUUGAACUUUAAAAGUGACAUCAUUGUUAUGGUUUGUGAAAAGAUAAAACUUUUCUAGUUAUUUGGUACUUCUCAAGAGGGCUAAGGCAGUGUACAGUAUUAGAACAUGCUAAGGUAAGGGUCUAACAAUGUUUUAUAAUAGGAAGAUUAUACAGAUAACCAGGACAAAAUGUUUACACAGGUUCCUUCUCUCCAAAAACAAGGGAAGCUGCUAGAAUUAUCAAUAAUCAUUAUUUACUUCUGACUUCUUUUAGCUUUGUUAAAAUCCCAAAGUGCAGGGCUGAUCAAUACCUUCUAAUUUUAGAUGGAACUGCCUCCAAAAGUUAGAAAUCCUUGAAGUUAUUAGAACUUAUUAAUAACGUUCCUUAAAAUGUUUCUUGCAUUAUGAUGAAAUUAAGAAAAUUAUAAUUGUGACAAACAUCUAAGGAAAAGCAAAUUCUGUUUGCUCUAGGGAUUUUUUAGGCAUUUUGCCUAUGUCAUAGUCCCAAACUUAUUUCAAACCAGUUUUUAACUAUUCUGGAAGUAAAAUGAUAUGCUUUCUGAUAACGUGCAAUAAAUCAUCUGGUAGUGCAAAGCUGAGAGUGUUAACUCAGGAUUAAGAUCUAACAGUUUCCUGUCGAUUCAAUGCAUCUUAAUUCUUUGGAACAAAUGUUCUUUAAAUUGUUGAAAUCCAAAUUCCUGUGUAUACAAUUUCUAGAAUUCUCAGCCAGUAGUAACACCGGAACAUAACUGAAAUUUAAUACGAGGUUGAAAGUCUGCUAAUUACACAUCUGCACAAAUAUACUUUGUUGACAUUGCGAUAAACUACUGCCAGAUUCAAUUGUUUUGAAUUUCCAGAAGGCCACAUUUUACAUAUAGAUUUACAAUUAUGUCAAGUUGGUGACACUAUUUGUAAUCUUGGUAGUUGUCAUCAAAUUUUCCAUUAAAUGCUUUAAUCAUAGGAUACAUAUUAUACAGUAUCUCCUGUUUUGCUAUGUGGCUAUGGACUCCAGAGCAGUAUGUCUACAAUAACAAAAGUACUAUAAUCUCUCCUUUUGUGGAUGUUAGCUGGACCAUUAUAUCAAGACAGGAAACAUUCUAGUGUGACAAGUUUUCUCCUCAAUGUGAGCAGUCUUCUUGGCGUAAUAUUAAAUUUCAGUCUUCUUCCAUGCCUUUUGCUUUGCCUUUCCUUCCACAGAGAGCACCUUUUACUAGAUAAGUCUGUUCAUUUGGAAGAUUAUCAGCCUUUUGAAUAGCAGCUGUUGGAGGAAAUAGGAAGCCACUAUUCUAUGAAUGCAUCUAUCUUUAAUAAGAUAUAAUAAAACAGAUUAUUUAAAAAUAAAGAAAACUUAAAUAAAUGAAAAGUCCUUUUGGGAGUGUUAGAAGAUAAGUAUACAUUGGAACAAAGUCUCAUAACUAACAACUGAACAUUAUUUAUUAUAAUUUAUUGUUAUACAAGCAUAGUGCAAAAUGUAUUUAUAAUAAAUCUAUCAUAGGGUGUUUAUCUAUCUAUAUAUGAAGUGACCAAGCACUUGAUGGAGCACUGGUUACAGGCAAACUCUGUCCAUAACCUGGAGUUUGAUCCUGAUGGGGCUCAAAGUUGACUCGGUCUUCCAUCCUUCUAAAGUCAGUAAUAUGAGGACCAAGAUUGUUGAGGGCAAUAGGCUGACUCUGUAAACCGCCCAGAGAGUGCUGUAAAACACUAUGGAGCAGUGCUAUUGCUUUUGAUAUGUAAUAGCAUACACUAAGAAAAUCUAGCUAUAAUAACAGGAUUUUAACCAAACUUUUUUCUCCCCCUUUAUGUUAAUUUGGAUAUCCAUUUUUUUUCUUUAUAAAGUUUUAGUUUGCUUGCAACUCAUGCUUAACAUAACAUAACAUUUGCUCGGCAGGUGUAAAGUUUAAAUAUGUAAAUACUGUAUAUAGUAGGUCCCUGGCCACUCAAAUCAUUAACAAACUAUAUAUAAUUUUUGAGCUUAGGUAACUUAAUAGUUUAGUAUAAGUUAUUAAACCUUGUGAUGAAGGGAUAGGUCAUUUUGUUAUUUUCUUUUUUUCUUCUUUUUCCAUUUUCCUUUUCUGUUCUAGUUUUUUUCUUUUUGCUCAUUUAUUUCAUCAUCUGUAGAUUUUAUUUUUUCACUUGUAACUGUUUAAUAAAAUUAAUAUCAAAAAAUGUUUAAAGAUACUUGAGGCUGAAAUAAUAUUUAUCCUUGAAAUACUCUUGGGCUCCAAUUUGAUCCUCCUCCAUAAUAAUGGAAUUUAGAUUCUGGAAGGCAUUACUUUCCCAGAGAUAGGCAUGUUGAUUUUCCCUUCAUAUCUGUAGAGGUUUUUUUUAGUAUAUAUAAAUAAAACCUUUAGUCCCAUUAUCAGUUUUCUGGAAUCCUAACCAGGCAUCCAGUUCUAUAGCCUAUAAUAUAAUCAGAGUUUCAUCUAAGUUAAACUAACUUGUAAGUCACCAGAUAGGAUCUAUGUUGUCUGCUUUAAACAGCACUUGGCCAGUUAACUAUUAACCAAUAAAGUUAGGAGCAAAAAUUGAAUAAACAGUUUUACACAUUUUGCAUUGUGUGUUACUUAUGCAGCCACAAAAGAAAGAGAUGUUACAUUCAGUUAAGGCACCUGGUGCUUAGCUUUUUGAUCUGCAUAAAAAUAUUAACUAGGCUUUUUGCCAUUCAAAAUCAAAAUACUAAGUAUAUUGAGUGGAGAUAAGGCAAUGAGUUGACUAUGCUGGUGCAGGUUAUCAUUUUUUUUUAAAGCCUGACUCUUCUUCCAAACCAUGAGGUGGGCAGGCCCUUUUAAGAGGAAAGGAAGGGUGGAAGGAUGCUUCUGUUCUAUGGCUCUUUUUUUCAUGUAUUGCUCUCUAAAUUUUGUGGAGCUAAUAUCUAUUGAAAAAUUGCUCCCAGCAUAUUGUGGACUGUAAUUUUCCCAGUCUUCCCUAUAUAUUGUGCUGUUUUAUUCUAAACCAAAGCAUUUCAUCAUUAGAAUUCAUUAGGAAAAAGAAAAUAAAUAAAUGUAUCUACACAUCUAAUGCCAAGGAUAAUCAUUCAUGUAUUCAUGUAAUGGUCCAGCAUCCCUAGUAAAUGUGUAUUUUGCAGAAGAGUUACUUUCUUUAGAAUAGGUAUACUAGAAAUUUCCCUAAGCAUUAUGUGUUCAUUUAUAAAUGCAUAGUAGUAUUGGAAAAUCAAUCAAUAUAGCUAUUUUUCAUUCUCCCAAUAAGUAUAUUGAAUUCGUAUUUAACCUGUUGUAGAUAAUUUGAUACUGCUUCUGUGGAUCCUUACAGAGAAUUGUAUUCUCCAUGUACAUUAGUAAUAAGUGUAAAUUGAUUGUAGUGUAUCACAACAUGAAAAAGGAACAGUAGAAUGCAGUGGGUUUUUAGUAAACAUUUUUCAUUCUUAAUGGAUCUUAUAUUGAUAGGUAUACAGUUAUAAAAAUAUAAUAAAAAUACAUGGCAAGAGAAAUAAAAACUAACCAAAGAAAUCAAAAGAAUAUAAAAAUUUAAACUGUAUGGUUGAACUAGAGCAUUUAAAAUUUUGCCCCACAAAAGAAAUUCAUACUAAUUAAGGGGCGCACAAUCCAAAAAUUGAGGUGGAACCAUCUUAUUAAAGCAAACUCAUAUUCAAGCAGGUUAAAUGAGACGUGCAUUUUAAGAGCUAGAACCAAAAGGCAGGAAAUGCAGAGAGGUAAGAAAACAAUUUCUGAGAUGCAACAGUUGUUGGUUCAUAGUGAAUGUUUCCAACCUUUGCCAGUCAUAGCUGGGUUGAUGCAGAAUAUACUUUCCAUUUUGAUUUUUUAAUUUGAAUUCUCCUCAGGUCAUAAAGAUUGGUCUACAAUCUGUGAAAUAUUGGCAGCUGGAAUUAAAAGAGGGUCAUUUCUUUUUGUUUAAAAAACAGACCCUUUCCUUCCAAUAGGAUCUUUUACUGCAGCCCUUCUUGUCUUCCAGGAUCCAAAAAUUUGACUAGAUGAAACAGGCUACUGUACAGUAGCCCUAGGAGUAGCUGAAAAGUGCCAGAAGAUGGCACUCUAUGCCUAGUAAGAAUGCUUUUCAGAGUCACUGUAUCUCAGUAUACCAUUCCAUCUUGCAUGUUUUUCUAAGCUCUUCCCUCAACAGGUGUGCACAUUUUGAAGUAGCAAAAGACUCACAUGGUAGCAUCUAAAAAAUAGGAGAGAAGAGAAAAAACUAAAAUGAACUUACUGCAAUUUUAAUGGUAAAAGACUCAUUAAAUUUAAGGUUUCCAAAAUAUCUCACAUAGCAAAAUUUUAGAGCAGCACAGAGUGCCUUCCAUCAAAUCCGGGGUGGGGGCAAGAUAAUCAGCCAAAUAUGAAUUUUGCCUGCCUUAAAAUCUGGGCAUGUGAUAAAAAUGUGAUGUGCUGUACCUGAAAUGUUUAAAUCAAUUUUUAAAAUAAAUCUUUUUAGAGCACUUGUCUGGCUUAAAGCAA